UCGUGUCUAGGGACGCGGCGCGAGCUGGCGGGAUCACUCUCUUCCCCCACCAUCACCACCACAACCAAGAGCGAGGAUGGCGAGGCCGGGCUGCUUGAAGCACCACAAGGCAUUGACUUCAGGAAGGUUGACAGGAUCAACUAAACUGACAAACUGGAAAAAACAGAUUGCUCCAAAAAAAGUAGCAUAUACAGAGUCUGAUGCUGGCUAUUCCCUGUAUUCCACAGAUUCAGAGGAUCAGGUUGUAAAUAUUCAUCAUGGCCUUGAUCGCUGUGCAUCUUUGCUAAGGGAUAUUCUUCAGAAUGAGUCCCAAGGCACGGCGGGCAGCUCUCAAAAAGCAGUGAAAACAACUACUUUCAGAGCAGCUCCCAGACCUUUGCUGAAUAAAAUGGGUGCUGCUAAAAAGCGAGGUAUAAAGAAAAAAACCCUUUCAGCAAAUGUGCAAAAAGAAACAGCAUCUGGGUUAAAUAGAAAGGUAGUUUCAGGUAAUGAAACUGCAGCUGAAAAAAACGUAACUCCUCCAAGCACCAAACAAGCCUUUUUUGUUAAAUCGAUUCAUGGACCUUGCACUCAGAAUUCUCCUGUAAUGCACCAGAAAUUGUGUGAGCAUGCACAGUCCCAAAUGCCUCUCUUGAAUAUCCAUCCUCCAGUGAAAUCUAGUGAUAGUCCUGAUGUCCCACUUUCCUUCAUUCCUGAAGAGGCAGCAUAUCAAUCCGCUACAGCAUUCAACGGCCAUCUGCCUACUUCCACACCAGCACUAUCCCCACAGCAGGCAGUUAAUCCUUCUGUUGUUCACCCUGGCCUUCCCAUGGACACCUGCAGCCAGUGCGUCUCACGAAUGGGGCCGGCCCUUGUAUCCAAAGGCUUCAGGACUUCUGCUUCUAUGGCUCAGACACAACCAUCAGCUUUGUGCUCUGCUCCAUCCCAUGUAGCUCCCUCUGGUCCAAGCAACCUCCCAUCCUCAGCCAUCCUCGCUCCAUCUCCUGGCAGAGAGGCCGUGUCAGAAGGAAUCCACAAAGAACAGUUUAAUGAGGCAGAGUUGAUCAGAUGCAUUCAAGCACAGCUGGCUCUGUUGCAGACACGGGAGAGGGAGCGUGAGCAGAAGGAGACUAUCAGAAAUUGCCCAGAUGUUGACCCAGUGCCAUCCAAGCCACUCAUUUCCAAAGAACCGGAGAUAACUGAAGAAUACAAUGAAGGCACUUUAAGUGAAGAGGAUGCCUUAGAUGGCAUUGAUAUGGCACCUGUGAGAGAGACAAGCUGCCAAACUAGUUUCAGCACAGAAAUCUUAAAGCCUCAAAAAAACAGCCUGCAGAAAAGAGUCCAAAAAGUGAAAACUGUGAAGUAUCUUUGGGCAGAGCUCAAGGCCUUGCUAACUGACCACGAUUCAGAAAUGUUAGGGGUGCUAGAUGAAAUAGAUGACACCACGUCACUCUUUCCUGUAGCUGCUGAGAAUACAAAUGUACAAGCUGAAAUAGCACUUGCCCUUCAGCCUCUCAGAAGUGAAAACGCCCAGUUGCGCAGACAACUGAGAAUUUUGAACCAACGGCUGAAGGAACAAAACAGAGCUGAAAAGGAAUGUAGCCUGGAUAGCAACUUGGAAGUUGUGUCCCUCCAGUCUUUGAAUAUGACGUUGCAGGGUCAGUUGAAUGAAUCCAUGAGAAGCAUUGAGUUGUUGCAAGAUAAAAAUGAAGAAUUCAUUAAAAUCCUAGAAAGCCAAAAAGAGGAAAACAAAAGACUAACUAGACAAAUCCAAGAGAAAGAACAAGAGCUUCUUGAAAAGAAACAACAGCAUGAUAUUGACUCAACCAAACUCAAAAUCGAAGCAGAUGAAAUGUUGACCAAUGUGAAGACUUACCAGUACAAGUUUGAAGCCGCUGAAAAAGAAAAGCAGAUUUUGGGCAUAACAUUGCGUCAGCGAGAUGCAGAAGUGAAUAGACUGCGUGAAUUGACCUGGGCUCUUCAAGGGAGUAUGUCAAAACUACUGUCAGAUCUCACUGGGGAUAUGGUGAAGCCAAGACAAGUCAGCAGUUUAUCGAAAGCUCUCUUGGAAAUUCAUGAGAAACAGUUGCAGCCUAAUGCAUACCCUCUAAGUGAUUCCAUAAUAAACUAUCUAAAAAAAUUAGAAAUGGAUCCUGUUCCAACCAACAUGGAGCUCCUCUUAAGUGAGAGUGAGAUGAAGGAGCCCAAGGAAGUAUUGGAUGUGAGGGCGGAUGAGCAUCCUGCCCGAGAGAGUCAGGUGGUAGCAGAGGAAACUGUGGCUUCAAGAAAUCUUCCUGCCUUCCAAAAGCUUGAUGCAGAAGCAGCCAGUUGCUUAAGCACUUUAGAGGGUCAUGAGCUAGAUGAGACUAUUUACAUUCCACUGAGUAGCAGUCCAUCUCAGAAACCAGUCACGACAACUGAAAGGAAGACAGUCGUACAACAGAACUCGAUUCCCCACAAACUGGACUGUGACUCUAAGCAGCCAAGCAAGGUUGGGAUGCUGAGCAAUACCAAGAUUGGUGAUAAAUUCUAUGGUAGCUUUGGUCGAAAAAUGACUGUUGAAAAUAAAUCUGAAACUCUGGGGAGGAUAGAGAAGCUGGAAAGUGAGAGACUCCAAAUGCAGCCAGAAGAAAGAACCAAUGGGUCUGCUAAUGUGAUUUUGAACAAUCCAGACAGACUUCAGCCUGGUAAACACUGUUACGCUCAAAAAGGAAAUGGGCAGAAGAACGCUGGAAUUUCUGCUUCUGACUCCAGUUUUUCCACUCUUGACUGGAUGUCAGGAAAAUCUGAGUGGACUAUAUCUUCCUUUUCAACGUUCACAUCCAGAGAUGAAGAAGACUUCAAGCAUGGAUUAGCAGCCUUGGAUGCCAACAUAGCAAGACUGCAAAAGACAUUGCAGAAUAGCUUGAAAAAACAAGGAGACUUUGAAAAUACCUCAAUAGUUCAGGAUAACUAGGGAAAAUGUACUUUUUAAAAAGCUUAGUGAUUUGUAACCUUUUUUUAUUCUUUUGAAACUUCGUCAGUGAAUAUCUUACUGAUAAAUUAACAGUUGUUAAUUAAAAGGCUGUUUCAUCACUGAAAACUUACUGAUAAAAUAAAUCAAGGGCGAAUUUCAAAUGGAUCUGCAAAUUUUAAUAUUUACAGAUGUACGAUUGCUUUGAAAUGUAUUAUUAAAG